AUGGUCGCAUUCAAGCUUCUCUCGCUCACUGCGCUUGCCCUCGGCGCUACUGCGCAAGUCUCGUUCGAUGCGUCAGAGAACUCCGCUCAGGUUGUCGGACUUCUGCAGGAGUGUGACCACGCGACGGUUGCCUCUGGCGAGAUUGCAGGCCGCUACAGAGCUGGCGUUGAUGCCGAUUACGAAGCCCUUGCCAGUGCGAAUGCGGAUCUUCUAGCUGCUUGGGAGGCGAUCGGAGUUGCAGCAAGCAGCAGUGGCGGCUUCUAUACCGAUGCAGGAGCCCAGGCUAUUCUGGAAUUCAUCACCAAUAAGCUCGGACCAAAUACCCUCGCCGCCGAUCAAAUCUAUGUCAAGAAAAGAGCGGAGUACAUCAAAGGCCCACGCCCAUUCAUCGACUACAUCGGCCCUGGUCUGAUCAAGUUGAAAGUCGCCGUUGCGGAUGCAGCAGCUGCCGUCCAGCAGAGGACCCGCGCCAAAGACCUCACUCCGCUGACUUUGGCCUUGCUGAACAUCGCCCAGGACUACUCGAAUGCCCAAGAAGUCCAGCAGUUUGGACCACGAACUCCGAUCUACAAGGGACAGUGUGGAUGUUCUUCUCGCCCACAGGGAAAUGGAUGCUAUGUGCCAAACAAGAAGGGUAACUGCAGCUUGCUGAACCCAUUGGCUUGUUUCUUCUUGUAA